CAUGACCGCAUUAGUACCGAUUGGGAAGCCUCUCCGCAGAGGAAGGGAAGUCUCGUGAAGCAACCAGUGAAUUUUCGAGUAUCCGUUUCCGUUUGCCAACGGCAGUGGAUGUAAUUCGCGAGAGGUCGCUAGCUCACCCGACAUAAUGACCAAACGAGUGGAUCUUGUGCUCUUCGGGUUGUGCGCGGUGGUCACGCUUCUCCAGACGGGCCCCGGUGGCAUCGGAGUCGAGGGAAAAGCCACGGUGGAACAGAUGCAGAAAACCGGUGAAAUGAUUCGAAACGUUUGCAUUGGGAAGCUCAAAGUCGGUGAGGACUUGGUGAACAUGCUGGGCAAUAAACAGUUUCCGGACAAUAAGGAGCUCAAGUGCUAUGUGAAUUGCAUUUUCGAAAUGAUGCAAGUGGUCAAAAAGGGAAAACUGAACUACGACGCUGCAAUGAAACAAAUCGACACCAUCAUGCCGGAUGAGCUGGCCGAACCGAUGCGAGUAGCCCUGAAUGCUUGUCGCACUGCUUCCGACGGAAUCAAAAAUAACUGCGAUGCAUCGUACGCCAUUGCCCAAUGUGUUGCGACAAACAAUCCGAAAUUCGUUUUCCCUUAGUAG